AUGACUGUUACCAAAACGCAGGCCUUACCUUGUCCGAUAGGACACUCACUGGCGCUUACAAGCCCUCUCACACUCGAUGAUGUCUACGCACAUGAGCUCUCUCCCUUGAAACAACUUGGCCUCGUGCUCUUUGUCUCUGGACUGACUGCUAAUAUCAAUCGCUUAUCAAACAUGAUUAAACAUCACUAUACUACCAAGCUAUCCCAAUCGUAUAUUGGAAUUGAUUACGGUACUACAAUUCUAGGGUAUAUACACUAA